ACCCAACCAGUAGGGGCACACAUGCCUUGUGCGGCUGGUGAGCUGUGCCAACUGCCAGACCAGACGCCAGUAGCCCCUCACGGCCACCAAUGUCACGGAGGGUGUGGCGGCAGACUGCACGGACUGUGUGGGGAACAAGACCAAGAUGCGGAGUACGAAAUCGCCCGCAUCUGCUUUGCAUGCAUUGCCUCCAAGCAAAGGGGUAGUAGUGCCUCGACAGCUGGCAAGGGCAAGCGCAAAGGGUCAGCCACGGAGAGCGGAGACACGGCAAGACCAAAAAAAACGAAACCAGCCAAUCACCCGGACAUGACUGGUUCGCGCACGCGGAUGGACAUCGGCACCAAGAUGGAGAUCCUCCGUCUGCUGGACAAGGGCACGCGGACGCAGAAGUCGAUCGCAGAGCAGUUCAACUGCGGGGAGCGCACGGUGCGUACCGUCAAGGCCGAGCGGGCGAAGAUAGAGAAUCAGGCCGCCAAAACUCGCAGCAGCGCCACCACCAGGAAGAAUUUUUGGGCGGGGGAUUUCCCAGAGGAGAGCUCGGACGACGAAGCGACCGAGGAACCCUCAAGUCAUAUGGCACCUAGGCCGUACGCGGCACUUUCGUCGCACUUCGGGGCUCUGGAGACGGCAGCGGAGGGGAGCGGCAACCGUGACGCCGCUUUCCAUCUACAGAAGGCCAAAAUGGCAAUGAUCGCAGCGCAUGGUUCGAAGGCAGCGAGGCAGACAGACAUGAGGCAAUUUUUGUAGACUCGAUAGGCGCAUGGGGGGAGGCGUCAGUUGAGUGGUUCUCCCGGGUCCGGUGUCGUGUCCGGUUUCAUCCUUGUAUUUUCAACUUUCNGAAGGCAGCGAGGCAGACAGGCAUUAGGCAAUUUUUGUAGACUCGAUAGGCGCAUGGGGGAAGGCGUCAGUUGAGUGGUUCUCCCGGGUCCGGUGUCGUGUCCGGUUUCAUCCUUGUAUUUUCAACUUUCGUGUGCCGUUGUUAGUGUAUCAGGGGGUAGAGAGGUCGGGCUGUUCGAUUUUUUUGGCGACUUUGUGUUUGACGGGUAAGCACCAGUUGGUCAGUUGGUGCAACAUGUGCAUUUUUCGAUGGUUGUUGUGUUGUGCAGAUCGUUGGACUUUUUGCUGUGGGCGUCCUCUCAUUCUGAUCAGGAUUGGCAGUAUUGUUGUC